UCUUUAUGUUCUUCAAAAAAGAAUGUCUGCUCUUAUCAACUUAACACUUGACUUUCAAAAUUUGACUUAGAGAAACCUGCUACGACAUUUAGUGUUUAAGGCUUUUAAUGUCAACUCACAGCAAUGCAUUGUAGAGCUAGCGCUAGCGUUAGCAUUAUUAGAUGACGGUACGCUUGAUGAGUGAGUCCAGCAUUAACCUGAAAGUGAUGGAAAUACUCAUACACAUACACAUAAUAACAAAAAUGAAUAUGAAUAACAAUAACAAGUACCAUAAACAGCGUCUUUAUUUGAGUCCAGAGUUCACAACAGCUUAAAAAGUCAUGUUAAAAAUACGAAAGCCUCAGUAGCGCCACUACAGGCAGGAUUGUGAACUACACACUCAUACGUAAACAAACUGCUUUAGCUCUUCUUGCUAACCAGCUCGCAACCAGGACCAAGAUUCUCCACCAUCAACCCAACAGAACCACUGACCCAAACAAAACUCGCAUAUAAUAGCCAGAUAAACACGGACAUUCUACCCCCCCAUCGUAUGACACUCCUUACAAGGUGGCGGGGCCUGCUGGUGGGGGUCGGAGCGUCUGGUGCUUCUAAGGUUUCUUCGGUAAGCUAACUUUAACUUCCUUGGAGGAUGAGGGAGGGGGUCGUGAAGAGACACCUCCAGGUUAUAUUGGGACCUGCUGAUUCAUACUUUUACACCCCCAAGAACCUCAGAGGGGGCCAUUGUUUGUGUUGUUGCUGGUCAAGUAGAACCUCUCUAGAACAUCAAGUGUGCUCAAAGGUUCCUUGAAACGUAUGGGUUCUGACAUGGUUUUGUCCUUGGUUAGGACUUGUGGGUGUAGAGGCUCAGAACCAAAGUCCUCAGCCCGGUAGAGCAGGUACUGGAGGAGAAGAUUGGAGAAGAGCUGACCGCGCCCCACAGGGUUGAAAUGUCCCCACAUUUAGAAAAAGGUCAAAUAUGUUUACGCGGUGUGACCCGAGCAGCACAUACAUGGAGGCUGGCGAUGCCUUGCGUAUUUUGGGAUGGAAGCUUCUGGAACGACUCGGUGCUGUCGGUUCUGUGGGACGCUGUAGUAGGUGACCUCACGCAGCAGGAAUGUGAGCUUUUUAAGGAGGCCGAGUUCCAACACGGGUGAAGGAGGACUGACUGGACUCAGAAGACGGAGACCACAUGACCGUGGAGGAUGCUGAAUGAAAACCACAUGUAGGACAGAAGGGGGAGGGUGAUGUUUCCCAAACCUCCGUCCCUCCCUCCCUCUCCUGUGUGGGAGGGAGUUUUUCGGAGGGGCUCCUGACAUUCCCAACAAGAAGAGGAGAGAGGAACGUGUGCGACGGGCAACAAAAGAUCCAGCAACAGCAGCGCAACGCAACCUUUGGAGCGCAGCCGCAUCGCCACCACAGCAUCCAGGCAUCGAGGAACACAAGAAGAAGAAGAAGAAGAAGAUGUCCAACGCUCUGACGAGGAGGAACUCCAGCAAACAAGGUCUUCAGAACCUCAUGAGGCUGACGGCGCAGAGGAGCAUCGAGGAUGCGGAGGAAGUGGAGAGGGAGCGGCGGCGGCGAGUUCGUGAGGCCUCCUGUCGCAGGAACAGCGACUCGGCGCCAGCGGAGGAGAACGACAUGUACGACUUCAAGCCCAGCAGCUCUCCAUCGCUGGAGGAGGACGAGGGCUUCAGCGACUGGACGCAGCGGCGAGAGAGGCGGAGGCAACAGCGCCUCCAGGAGGUCGUCCACAUAGGCGGAGAGGACAAAGAGGAUGAGGAGGAACGCAACUCUGCAAACAAAGCAUCCCUUGAAAACACCUCCAUCACGGCCUCCCGUCGCCUGAUGCAGGAUGAUGAUGAUGAUGAUGAAGACGUGCAGGCAGAAGGAAGACAGCAAGUCCAAGUGGCGUCCACGUCUGAGGUUUUCCUCGUCCAAGAUCCCAAACACUCCAGUACGGACGCAGACCAGCAGGAAGUGACAUCGUCCCCAAAGAACCAAUCAAAGAAGCCUAGCAGGUCGAGCGAGCACGGCGAAUCAGAGGCCGAGCGCCACCUGGAGAAGAUCCGCCGAGGCCUCCAGGAGAAGGAGAUCCAGGAGGCGGAGCAGCAGCUGAGGCGUCGGCAAGCAGAGGCUGAGCGGGAGCAGGAAGAGCUGAAGAGGAGGCGGGAGCAGAGGCGCCACGUCCGCGAGGAGGCGGAGCAACACAGGGAGGAGGAGAAGGAGCAGCAGCGGCGCAUCUCCAAAGAAGAGGAGGAGCGCCGGCGCAUGAGGGAGGACACGGAGAGGAGGAGGAUGGACACGGCAGAGAGGACGAAGAGCAUGAGCGAGCAUGACGCCGACGAGGCCUUCAGCCCCUUCGGCCCCAAGACGCCCACCCACAAAAUCUCAGAGAGGACAGAAUCCCUGAGCCGCUCACUGAAGAAAAGUAACAGUUUUAAGAAGACGCAAGCGCUCGUCCUCGUCAGCAAGAUUGACGACAAGAUGGAGAAGUACGCCCACGCCGUGGAGAACUCUCAGGAACCUCGAGGGGCGAAGGCACCGAUGGUUGACAUGCCCAACUCGCUGGAGGCCGUCACCUCCAAGAAGAACCUCUUUGAGGGCGGCGAGGCCUGGACCAGCAGUCCGACUAAGGCGACAGCCAGCAAGGACACUGAAGGGAUAAAGGUGGGCGUGGCCAACAUGAUCACUCAGUGGGUCAAAGGUCAAUCAGACAGUAGCCGACCCGCACAGAGCCGACCAGCAGAUUUGAGGUGUGGAGAUGUGAUGCAAAAGAAGAACAUGUGGGAGAUCAUUGGAGAAUCAUCAGGGAAGCCCGGGCAACACGUGAAGGGCUCUGCAGCAAAUACAAAGUACAAGUUUGUGGUGACCGGACACGGCAAGUACGAGAAGAUCCUCGUGGGGGGCCACGGAGGAGAUGGCACCAAUGCGGAGUCGGAUUUAUAUCAAAGUGACUACUAAGUGGAAUUUCCCCGGCUUGGACUCAAACCUUCAACCUGAACAACCAGCAUUACAACACUCAUUACGCUCAACCAACAUGUCAAUCACAUUGCAGCCCCUUCUUCACGACGCGCGUAUAUUCAUUUGGACUCCUCCCCCUUUUCAAUCACUGGGGCUUCUUUUUUCACUUGAAACGUAUUUUUGAUUAUGCUUUAUGAAUUUGUACGUUCCUUUUUCAAGUCAAUAAAGAUCUUUUUGAUACUACCAUUUUUCCAUUUA